UAAUAGUCGGGUAUAGAGCGGAGAUACCGGCGAACAUGGAGGAACUGAGGCAUCAGGUCAUGAUCAACCAGUUUGUUGUGGCUGCGGGCUGCGCAGCCGACCAAGCCAAGCAGCUCCUACAGGCCGCCCACUGGCAGUUCGAGACGGCCCUCAGCUCGUUCUUCCAGGAGGCGAACAUCCCCACACACCAUCAGAUGAUGUGCACCCCGCGCAACACGCCGGCCACACCCCCCAACUUCCCCGACGCCAUCACCAUGUUCUCCAAGCUGCGGGCGUCCGACUACGGCUCAGGCCCCGCCCCCAUGGCGUGCUCCCCCCCCACCUCCUGCUGCUCCUCCUCCUCCUCCUCCGCCUCCUUCUGGGCCUCCACGCCUCCCGGCCAGCAGACGGCCUGGCUGCCCCCGCCCUCCUCCCCCACCGGGCCCCUCCUCCUCCACCACCACCACCACCACUACCAGCCCCCCCGCUGGCCGCCCUCCUCGCAGCCCAGCGCCCCCCAGCCCCCCCAGGUGGUCUCCGCCAUGCACGGCCACAGAUGAGGUCACCGCCCACUGGAGAACGGACAUGUUGUUGGGCAGGGGGGAGGGGGGGGGGGGGGGGGGGGGGGGAGGGUUUU